GAACGCACCCUGGUCCUAUCCAGGAAGUGGAGUGACGCUGGCGCGGAUGUUGAAAACAAGCCCGCGUAGACUGUAUUUAUACUGCGACACAAACCGACAACGGACCAAUAAACAAACUUACCUCCACCAAUUCUGGGCUUAGAUACAACAUUUGUGUUAAAUAAUUAGAGACGCAGCAUCCAUGGGAAAUGGAAUUAUCUGGAAUUAUCAAAAAAAUAGCCCACUCUUUAGUGGAGAUAAGAGUUCGUGCAUUGAAGAGCAUUAUGUGCAAGCUGAAGCACUCCCUGAUUACCAUCUCUGACAUCGUUCAAGAGAGGAUGCUGUUCGUGCAUCUUUUGGAAUGGUUCAAUUUCCCAGAGGUGCCCAUGCAGGAAGAAGUCCUGGAGUUACUUUUGACUUUAUCCAAGCAUCCAAGUGCAGCACAGAUGCUGAGAGAUGUCCAAGCAGAGGGUUUCCUCACCCAGCUGUCUCCUAAUGUGGAGCCGAGACUACGAGCUGUCAUCAACGCAACCCUGGAUCAGCUGUUCCAGCUACCUGAGCUAAUCACCACACAUGCUGCGCCACCAGUAUCCACAGAAUUACCAUCUGAUGGUCAUGAUCUCACUCGAGGGUAUUUCCAGAAGAAUACGCAGAACCAUGGGGAUUUACCGCCUCUGAAGAUUGCAGUGCACGAUGCUGUGCAGUGCUUAAAGUUUUCUGUGUUUCCGUGGCUGACUUUGACAAACACAGACAGACACAUCCUGUCCUCCAACGAGAUUUCUCUAAGGAGCAGCAACCCCAGCUUGGUGCGGAGCACGUGCGAGAUACUGUGUGACGUCAUUAUGCAGGACUUCCCUGCUGAGAUCUUCCUGCAGAGGCCUAACAUUGCAAAGACGCUUCUGUCCCUGCUGAGGCUGGGGUCGGGUAAAGGUGAGGCAAGUUACCUCCACUUGCAGGCGCUCUCCUGCCUGAGGCAGCUUUGCGUGGGGCUGAGGCAAAGGCUGCGCUUUCAUCAGGAUCCCAGCUUCCGCUCAGCGAAGCAGGGCGGCGCCGCUUAUCCAGUGUCACAGAACUCCUCCUACUCCCAGGAAGUACAGGGAACCCAGCGUUCUCAGGGUUCUUCUCCAACCGCAGAGUGCUCUCCUCGGCCAUCUGUAGUCGGCGGAACAGGCCAGAGAGUCAGCGGGGAUGGCCAAGAUGGAGAUGCAUUUUCCAACAGUGGCAGCUCACACAGAAGUGCAGCAGCAGUCCAAGCAGCCAGACAGACACCUCUGUCUCCGGCAGACGCGGCUCUUCCAGACCUGGAUGUGGAGGAUCCCCCGGAAAUGCGGUUGCAGCAGCUCACGUUAGCUCAGUUUACUGUCGCCACCCUAGAGCACGCCAUACCGCUGCUUAAGACAGAGGGUUCGCAUGUGUUCUGUCGUGUUCUGGAGCUGCUGUUCGACGCCGUCCUCCUGCUCGGGGACAGUGUUUGUGAACUGGUCUGGGACGAUUGCAGCCUGGUGGGGAUGGAGCUGAAGGAGAAGCUGCAAGCAAGCAUGGACUUGCUAGCGGAUGUACUCAACUACCACCAGGACGACGUCAGUGAUUAUUUAGUUUACCACAGAGUGGCAUACACAAGCUUGGCUGUAUUCACCAUUAAACUCCUACAGACCAUACUCCCUCCUGAAAAGGCUGGUAGCAAUCUCCCCAAGAAUGCAGCAACAGCUAUUUUUCACCUUUGCCUGGACAAGUCGUUUGCAAUGGCAUUACCCAGUGUACAAGAGACCGCAGUGGCCUACCUGGAGCAGGUAAACUCCGACAGCCACGAGGUCUAUGGGAGGAUGACCCGUGCUGCUCUCUCGAUGGAAUCCACAUGUAGCUUCCUCAAGGAGGCCCGGGCUGAGGAAGAGAAGAAUUGGCUGGAACUGCUGGAGCUGGCGGACCAGGCAAUAGAUGGCUUACCAUUUCAUGAACACUUACCCGUUGUCAAGGAAUAUGUUCAUGUCUGCUCCUACUUGUGGACGUCUGAUCAGCCUAGUCCUGUCCUCCAGACUGAGAGUCAGAAACUGCUCCUCAAGCUGCUGUCGCAUCCUUUGCUGCCUGUCAAGAUGGAGACCUACACAUGUGCAUUAAAUGUGGUCAAGGAUUGCCUCGGCAUCCAGAAUGUGUUGCUGCAAGAAUCCGGAGCCAGCGGCAGAAUUAACUUCCUCCUACACCACAGGGUGCUCUAUGAAAUAAGCGCCUUUGGCCUCCAGGAUUCUGCAGAGAAGGUGAAUGUUGCUGCCAAGGAUAUCCUGCUAUUUCUGCUCAAGGGACGAUUGAUGAUGACGCCGUCAACCUGGGACAGAUUCAGUGCGGCACUUUCCCGGGUCAUCACCAUAUUACAGGGUUAUGCGAGCACCGAGGAGUCACUGGGAAGCGUUGUCCUGCUGCUAAGUGACACGACGGAGGUGGCGAGAAAUGACAUGUUUCCAAGCACAGCCAAGUUAAAAGCAUCUCUCAGGCUUCUUUUCACUAGACAGCACACGGUGAGAACAGCAGCUGUGCGACAUAUCCUGCCUCACUUAAGUGGAGCUGGCGACACCAACUGCGCCAGACCACAGCUGGAGCCGCCAGUGACCUCCUCGCUUCCAAGUCUCUACUGCCUCAGACACCCUGUGGAGGUGUCACUAGACACCAGCAGCAAGUCGCUACUGAAGGUGGAGUCGGUGGAGAAGCUCUUCUGUUUACUGUCCUCAGACACUGUUGACAUGCCGCUGAGAAGAUCUUCUGCCGAGCAACUGUCUGUGGUUCUGCAAGACACAACAAUGCAUCCAUUUCUGAAGAAUUUCGGAAUAACAGACAAAGCCAUUUCUUUCCUUAUCGGUAGCGUCAACGGCAACAAGAGCUUGGAUUGCAUGCUGGAGCCGUGUUUGUGUAUCCUGAGGAAGCUAGUGUAUGCUGAUCCGUCUCUGAGGAACGCCCUCGCGCAGCGCAACAUCCUGCUCAUCACUCUGCUUCGAGCAUCCUUAAUCCUGAAGGCCAACAAUAACAACGUGAAUGAGGCGGCCGUCCUGAUGAGUUUGUUGCUCUUUGAUGAAAUAAGUUGCAUGGAAAUAUGGUCGGACAAAUCCAAGAGGGAUGGCUGUCCUCCAACUUUCUCACUCCCGCUAUCAGUAAUUCGCAGGUACAACAUCCCAUUCCAGGCGGCGAGUCACCAUGCAGUCAGCCCAUACUGCUGCGUCCUCGCACCGUCCUGUGAUCUGCUGACCCUGGGCCCCACUCGCCAAGCUCUGCAGGUGGCUUGGAACAUUGCAUGGCACUGCGGGAUCGACAACCUGCUUGAGAAGCCACAUGACUCUGUCAACAAUCCUGAAUUCCAUGCUGACCUGAAGCUGUCGGAAACCCAGGUUGCAUCACUGCGAGCGACCCACCUUCCCAGCGCCCUGCAUGAUUGCGUCCAGGCUGUGCUGACGGCGGCGGGGCACAGUUCGGUGAUCUCCGCCCUCUCCAGGCUCAACCUCUACUUAAUGAUUGAAAUGUUGGCCCUUCCCCACACGCCUACCUACAGAUGCAGAGAAACGCUACAAUCGCUCAGCUGGCAGGCUGCUGUGACCAGGUUUCUCCAGGUGCAUCCUGCCUCGGUGGAGGAUGAGAGGCUGCUGGCGUACGUCGUUGCAUUUUUGAACGCCUACUUCAAACACACACGCGCAUCUGACCCCGAGGACAAGGACCUGCGCUGGAUACUGCAGCUGCUUCUCAACGAGGAAACCAUGUCCCUCCUUAAUAUGCUGCCUGGUGUGGAGACUGCACAUACAGGGCAGAACCCAGUGGAGUCUGAGGAAGUAAAGAAUCACGUUAGCCAGAAACUGCAGAAGGAGCUCUCCUGCUUUUUUAAAAACAUGCUCAAUCACUUGACACACACACCUGACAGGCUAUGCUUGGCAUUAGCAGGCCCCUUCAAGAGCCAGCUGGCAUUGCGCUUGCUUCAGAGCCUGCGGGUGUCUGAUGCCCCGUGUUUCUACGGCCUUCCCAGCCUGGGGAGGACUCUGCAGGGCAUGAUCAGCCUGACAGCCCAACCUGGUUGGAGUUUGCACUGCCCUGACCUAUUGCCCACCUCCAUCUGCACCAAGUAUCUCAGCGGCCUGUUAGAGGUGAUCUCAUCAUUUUAUGUGCAGUGGGGAGGCAACUCCAUGUCCUUCAUGGGGAAAGGUGUGACAAAGAAUGCCGUAAUAUGUUUGCUUCACUUGUCUCAUGAGAUGAUGGCUGAGAGUAAGGAAAAGGACAUCAUUUCCUUGUGGUCUUUGGGGAACGACGGCACUGUGGAGGAAGGAAACGCCUCUCAGCUGAGCUUGUCCUGGCUUAUCCCGCUCUGGGUGGACAGGGAUCAAGAGGUGAGGUUUGCCAGUUUGGGUUUAGGCGCCACGCUGUCAUCCGUGGCGAGUGGGUUCCAGGCUCUGUGCACCAGCUGCCAGAACAUCAGCGGAGGCCUGUGGGGCACGUUGCUCAACAUCCUGCUCGAUCAGCACGAGUGCAGCAUGGUCCGAAGAGAGGCUGCGUUUGUCCUGCAGAACCUGCUGGUCAUGCCCAUGCCUGCCAAUGCAGAGGAGGCCAAGGACUCCCACUGGCAGCACCCUUGUGUCCAUGACGAGGUGUCUGGUGUGUCGGUGUUUGGUCUUCCUGCUCUCCAGGCCCUGCUUUACCACUGUCAGUAUUUCCAGCACAUGGCCGUAUCCGCCUCCGCUUGUUAUAGAGGCAGGUACGCCUUUCACCUUCAACGACCUGGUGGCGGUGCUGACAGUCGACUUGGGCCUCAGGAGAGUACUUCAGUUGUUUCAGAGAAUUCCCUGCACUUUUGGAGAAGCGCCACAACAGCAGCAGCAGCACCGCUGACUGCCAACUCCAGCAGACCGUCCAGCUCCUUGUCCACGUCAAGCACCUUGAUAAGAGGUUCUGGGUCUCAGACGUCCAGGGCUGCAUCAUCUAUGAGCUUUACAGGCGAUGCUCCUGCUAACAGGCUAAUGGCGCAAGGCCAGAGCAACACGGAUACCAGCGACUCCGUUGCAACGCUAGUUUCCAAACAAGGCCAGCCUUCGACCACGCAGCCCGUAGCCAUGGUCACCCCUGAUCUCCUGGUGGCCCACUGCGGCCUGCUGAUGAACCUGCUUGCCAUUCUGCCAGAUUUUACCCUGACAGCCAUUCGACAGAACCAGCUACUGCAAGCACUGGCGAGCUUGGUGGCAAUUGGGCCCAUUGAGAAAUGUCUCAGUGAACUAAGGGUACCCAACAUCCUUCCUGGAGAGAGAGAGGACAUAAAGAGUCAGCUUGUCACACUUCUUCAGUUCCAGUCCAGCUUCUCCAUGCUGAUGCAGUCAUGUGUUUCACUGAGCCCAGAGCUGAUUGGCCAAAUGGACUUCCUGAAACAAUUAUUGACCACCCUUGUGUCAGCUCUCACACUGGACACAACAGGAUUAGAUGCAGGUAUACGCGACACUAUCUUCGCAAGCUGGGGGGACGUGUUUACGCUCGUGGCUACUCUGGUGAGGAGGGACAGUUCUGCAUCUUACCCAUCUGUCUCUGCUGCGCUGGGGAGACACUGGCGGAUGUUCACAGGAACUAUUAUGUUGUGUGUGCAUGAAAAGUUUGUGGAUCCUCUCCUGCAAAAAGUGGCUUUGCACUUUCUAUCCACCAUUUUCGCAGAGGAGACAAAAAUGCGAGAACAACAGGUCACAAAGUUAAACUCGGGCUGCGCCGUUUUAGCUGACGUGCUGAGUGGUCCGUCUGCCAGCCAGCUUUGUGAAAUGCUGAUGCAGAGUUUUGAAAGGCGAAAUCUUCAGGAUCCACUUAAAAAGUUGACAGCCAUCGCACUUAUGACUCUACUAGCUAGCAGCGCUGCAGCACAGAACCAUGCUGCUAAAGCAGGUCUAAUUGACAGUUGCAUGGAGCAAAUGAAGCAGAUUCACAAUCAGCUGCACCUAGAGUCAGUCCGACCUGGCAAGCCUUCCCACCGCAAAAAGGAAGAAGGCCCUUUACAGGAGCUGAAGCUGAUGGUGGAGAUCCUGCGAAGUGCUUUGUACCACAAUCGCGAAUGCAAAGAGGUGGCCAGAGAUACACGCCUGACGCCGGUGCUUCACAGCCUUUGGCCCUGGCUCGUAUUGGAUGAUGCCAUCAUGGAGGUGGCGCUGGAGCUCCUCUGUGUCUACACGGCCGACUUCCCUGCAGCAUGCAGUUCUGUGUGUGGUAGCGGGCCAGGUGUCGCACCAGGACAGAAAGGGACUUCUGGUGGCUCCCUGAUGCACUACGUCAUAAGCUUGGCCUCGGGAGUCGCCGCUGACCACAACCCCAUCCAGAAGCUCUCCUUCUCCCUGCUGGCUAACUUGGUCAUGUCCCGUGACUGCCGUGGCGUCUUGCAGAAGAAAAACUUCCUCCAAGCCUUCACGUCAGUACCGCUGCCUAAAGUUGGCGGUGCCAAGGCAGCAGUUGGAGGCGGUGGCCCAGGCAGCCUAAUGAGUCUGUGGCUCAGGCUGCUGGUCAGUCUGUCGUUUUCAGAGGACGGCCAGCAGGGCAUCCUCCGGACCACCGGAGCUCUGGAGGUGCUGGUCGAACUGGCGCCUCAUCGACGCCACGCUCUGCUGGCCCUGCACAACCUUUGCUUCUGUCCCGCCAACAAACCUCACAUCAUCGCCAGUGACAAAGCUCUGACAGUCUUGUACUGCUGCCUGGAAAAUAAAGAGAUGGAGAUGCGCUGCAUGGGUGCGUCUGCACUUUGGGCGUUGCUCCAUAACAACCAACGGGCCAAGACUUCCUUGAAGUGUCCAUCUGUUCGAUUGCGGAUCGAGGAAGCACACCGUAUGUCCAAGAAUGAUAUGAAAGACACACCUGACUUAGGAGAAACCAGCAAAGAUCCAUUUAUCUUGGUACGUAUCUUUUUCAUUUCUGUUGCACAGUUUUUGCCUUAUCAUGUUUGCUUUGUUUGUUAGGAAGAAUCACAAUCAAUCAAACCAAUCAAUUUAAUUGGAAAAAAAAAAGUAGUUGGUUUAGCAUGCAUGCGACAUCUUCCUGCCUCAAUUGAUAAACUGCCUUUAUGUGUGUAUGCGUGUGUGUUUGUGUACACUGAGCUAGCAGUGAGCUAAUAUGAA